CACCUCCACACCUCUGUCAGGAUCAUGCAUCUGUCUUGCCUGCUGCUCCUGCUCUCUCUGGCGGCUCACGCCGGGGCCUUCGACCUGGGCCAGACCACACGCUGCGUCCCCGUCCCGCCGCAGAUGAGCGUCUGCCAGGACGUGCCGUACUCGGAGAUGCGUCUGCCUAACCUGCUGGGCCACAGCAGUCUGGAGGAAGCGGUUCCUCGCUCGGACGACUGGAGGACGCUGCUUCACACCGGCUGUCAUCCACAGGCCCGGGCCUUCGUCUGCUCGCUGGUCGCUCCCGUCUGCCUCGACAGGUUCAUCCAGCCGUGUCGGAGCAUGUGCGUAGCUGUGAGGGAGAGCUGCGCUCCUGUACUGGCCUGUCACGGACACGCCUGGCCCGAAGCCCUGGACUGCGACCGAUUCCCCGCGCAGGACGACACGUGUCUGACACCGCUGCCCAAACACAUCAGCGCCUUCUCCAAAGAUUUCCCUCAGCCGGUGUGUCAGAGCUGUCCGUCUGUGGAGGAAGCGCCGUCUCUCAAAACCGUGCUGGACGCGCUGUGCCUCAACGACUUCGCCGUCAAAGCUAAGAUCUCGCGGCGCCGCCUGCCCUCCGCGGACCCGGAGCUGACGGUGGAAGGCCCGGUGGAGCUGAUCCAGCGCGGCCCGCUGCUCCCCUACGACACCGUGAGCCUCAUCCAGCGCUGGCUGCUCAUCAACCUCCGCUGCGCGCUCCCGCUGGUCCGCCCCGGCCGCGCGCAGCUCUACCUCAUCACGGGGACGAUGCGCGCCACCGGCUCCAUCCAGCUGUCCAGUCUGUUCCCGUGGCUCAAGAAAGACAUGCACAUCGCCGCCGCCGCGCGCAAAUGGAAACACCACAAAUGCUGA